CAGUGAUUGAUUUGAUGCAUGUCUUUAUAAUACCCCGUGAGUGACAUUGAUAAUUAAAAAAAAAUCAAACUAAUAAACUUGUAGAUAGAGUCUACACAAUUAGACAAGAUACGGAUUGACUACAUAGUUCUACACCUCGAACUGACUGUCGUAUGAACAAGUAGUGGGGUUGGGCAGGUUUGUAAUUCCCAGCGCCAAGACCAUGACGCAACCCGUACAAAACGGCAGAACUCUCUUACAACCGCCCCGGGCCAAAACGCUGCUUCUGGCCCGACACUCAAUGGUAACCCUGUCCUUGAAUUCACUAUGUACAACGCAAAGAACACACUGCAGCCACCCAGCACAUCCCCUGAGGAAGACCACGACAACUCUACAAGACCCGAUGACCUCAAUACCCAGGAGAUGGGCGAUGUUCCAGCCAACAGCGACAGGACGGAGGACUUGCCGAGUAGGAAACCCGCAUCCACUUGCCUUGACGUGGAGCAAACUGACUCUGCCCCAACCGAGUCACAAGACAACCACAGCAAAGACAGCUCGUGUCUGAAUCGGGUGAGUGUGUGGCUGACGGAGACACUGGAGAACAUGUUCGAGCGUCACGGUCGUCUGGUCGCCUCUCACCCUAGCACCACUGCUGCCAUCUGCAUGAUGGUGUCAGCAGUGUGUGCUCUCGGAUCACUCAACUUCACCACGGAACUCCGCCCUUACAGACUCUGGAUCCCCCAAAACUCGGAAUUCAUCGAAGUGAUGAACUGGCAGUCAGAGAAUUUCCCCAACGCGUACCGGCGUCACUUAGCGGUGUUUGAGGCAGACAAUGUACUGAUGGCCAAGGCUGUGCAGGAGAUGUGGCGCCUCCACACCCGUGUCUCCGAGCUCACAGUUGGACCCAACCACACCUCCUGGGAUACCCUGUGUGCUCGGGUACCCUCACUACCCAUGGAUGAGGUGGAUCCACAGGAGGCUGACUACUCAGACUUUGAGUAUGGAAUUCUUCAGUUCCGAAGACGUCGUGAUUUGUCUCAGACUCUGUCAGAGGACCAGAGCCUGAAACUACCAAGAGAUGAGUACUGCAAUAGCCUAGUCAGUCUACCCCAAAUGUGCCUUGAGACCAGUCUACUUGAGGUUUGGGGAUUGCAUGAAGAUGUAAUCAUGAACUUAACAGACGAGCAAGUGGUGGAGGACAUAAAUUCAGCAGGAAUAAGUGAAGUCUUUGGUUAUAGAGUAAACUUCACGAAGUAUCUGGGUAGCAUCACACACGAUGAGGUGGGGAAAAUCAUAGGCGCCAAAGCCGCCAUGCACAUGUGGGUAUCUCUGGUAGACCAACAUGCUCUGGACGUGGUGGUGGACCAAGGCAGUGGGGAACUCGUCGACACGGCUGGCUUUGCUUGGGAAAAGGCUUGGGUGAACACUGUUUUAAACGAUUCGUCGCGGCCAGGGAACAUUCGGGUUUACGCUCAGGCAGCCAGUAGCUUUGGCACUGUGAGCGACGAUAACAUCUGGGGUGACGUGAAGUGGUUGGUCGUGGGUAUGGUGAUGAUGAGCUUCUUCGUGAAUGUGACAUUAGGACGACGGAAUUUGGUACAGCAGCGCCCGAUGCUCGCCUUCCUGGGAAUGUUCAGUGUGGGCCAGGCCGUGGCUGUGUCAUACGGUGUUUGUUCGUUUUUUGGUGUUCCCUACUGCCCCGUCAAUUCUAUAUUGCCUAUUCUCCUCAUAGGACUAGGCGUGGAUGAUAUGUUCGUCAUCAUGGCAGCAUGGGAGGCAACUGGGCGUGACAAAGCCAUCUCCAAGGACCGCAUAGAGCGUGCAGGGCGAACAAUGCGUCACGCAGGUGUCGCCAUCACUGUUACCUCGCUGACUGAUGUGACUGCCUUCGCUGUGGGAGCAACAACAGACCUGCCAGCCUUACGAUCCUUCUGUUUAUUCGCUACCGUUGGCAUAUUUGCUGUGUAUUUACUACAGGCCACUUUCUUCCUGGCGUGUCUGGUACGAGAUGAGAAACGAAUGGAAGAAAAUAAAAAUGGCUUUUUGUGGUGCAUAACUCACAAGAACUGGAAACCUUGGAGCUGUAGUGAGAGAGACUUGUUAUCAGAUGCCUUCAAAUAUGGCUUCUGUCCCUUCAUCCUGAGUACCCCAGUGCAAGUCAUCAUUUUGGUGGGCUCCGGCUGCCUCUUAGCCUCUUCUGUUUGGGCCACCACGAACCUUCGCCAAGAGUUUAAUCCAAUGUGGUUCAUACCAAGUACAUCUUACCUUGAUGAAACCGUCCAGGUUUUGUCAAAACACUUCCCCGAGGCAGGAGAAAGUGGCUACAUAUACUUUUCAAAUGUCACACUUCCUGAAGACCUACCUCAUCUAAAUCAUCUCAUAGAUGACUUAACUGAAAGUCAAGUAAUCAGCUCAGUCAAUGCCUGGUUUACUGCCCUGGACGAGUACAUGUCCUACAUCCCUGAAUUGACCAACACUACCCUCACAUACCCCCAGCUGCAAGACACACUCUCUGUCUUCCUCCAGUCCUCCACGGGGGCCUCCUACCGCAACGAUUUCACCCUGGAUGGUGUUCUAGACUGCAAUCACCCAGCUCCCCCCAUCACCUCCUUCAGGAUUGAGAUCACCCACCGACCAGCAGAUUCCCGGGCAGAACAAGCCGUUGCCCUUGAAACAAUUAAAUCCCUGUUAUCAAAAACACCAGUGAGUGGAUACAAGGCUGCAUGGGCCCAAGCAUACAGUAUAUGGGAGACAAAUGAAAUAAUUGGUUACGAGUUAUGGAGGAACAUCCUACUGGCUGGAAUUGUGGUGGGUGUCGUCACACUCUUCCUGCUGGCUUCCCUCUUGGCAUCCAUGCUGGUGCUGGGAUGUGUGGUGGCCACCGUGAUAGGAGUGUCGGGUAUCAUAUGGGCGUGGGGCUUAACAAUCGACACUGUUUCCUGCAUCGCCAUUGUUCUGUCUAUUGGCCUGAGUGUCGAUUAUGCGGCGCAUGUAGCACACGCCUUCCUGGCCAAGCGCGGCGUCUCAGACAAGAGAGUGAGAGUCCGUGCGGCUUUGGAGGGCGUGGGUCCUGCAGUGUUGCAAGGAGGGGUUUCAACUUUGCUCUCCUUUGCUCUUCUGGCUGGCUCUUCAUCUCAUGUCUUUAUGACCUUCUUCAAAGUAUUUGUAGCAGCAUCAGUUCUAGGGCUCUACUAUGGACUCGUGUUUCUGCCGGUGGUUUUGUCUCUGGUGGGACCAGACGCUUAUGAUGACCACAGCACCUCCACCACUAGCUGCCAGCCAGCCACCAGCAAUUGUGUGGAGGCGUCACAACAUCGUCAUGUGUACACCAAUUCAGCUUACUUGUCUGAUGAAGAUAAAAAUACCAAAAAUAAUGCCACAGUAUAGCGAGUAGAUGUACUCUUAGCGUAUAAACAUGUACAGGGUAUACAGUAUUCUGUAACUUCUAAUUCCUUCUGUGAUAGAAUGUUUGCGUAUGAAUGAAUAUUAUUGGCUAUUAAUACUGUAUCCAUUACAUGCGUCAUUGAUUGUUAUAUCCCAACAAACAUUACUAUUGUCUAGUAUUUGUUCACAAAACAAACGAGAGAAACAUUAUAAAUUGAAUUACAGUGUUAAGAAUGUUCUGAUUAUUUAGUAAUAAUAACUUAAGGUAGUCAAGAUAGCAACAUACUUCUGAUGCCAAUGUUUGUAUCUACAUUUGUAUGAUAUUUACAGCUUUUGCUCAUAUUCUGUACAAAGGUAGUGUUUAGAAUAAUGUCUCCUUGACAAUAAAACAGUGAGAUUUUAA